CAAACACCAGCUGUAUCUGCUGAUAGAGUCUUUACAAGCGGAGUCUGUCUUCAUCUGUUAGAGCUUACAGCCAGUGUCAUGGCUAAUAAGCGCCCACUGCUUCUGAAUAUUGAUCUCUCACUGUGAUGAAUUAGUGCAGAUUGAUGCCGCGGAGCUUCGAGGAAAUAACAGUCAUGUGGUGAGAUUUGUGCGUCAUUGGGGACCCCGGCGGUGGCCGCAGUGUGUACUGUUUCUUCGUCGUGUCUCAGACCAGAGUGAGGGGGUCAGUAAGUGCACACACCGAUCACCGAUCAGCGCGUUAAUUGAAUCCAUCAAUCGACCAAUCCGUCGCGACCGGUGCGCCUCAACCCGGAUGACCUCCGGAGUGACGGAGAGAGUGCGGAGGGAGCAGCGCCGGAGGAGAUGCGCAUAUCUGCAGGUACACUAGCGCUGUCGUAAAACGGGAGUCGGGAGCAAGUCAGCAAUCAUUAAAGCGAUGCCAGGGGUAACCAAGUACAAUUUAGUGGAUGACGCGCACGAUUUGAGGCUCCCCAUGCACAACGACGAGGUGUUUAAGCAUGGGGUCUGCUUUGAGGCAAAGUACAUUGGCAGUUUGGAGGUGGGUCGCCCCGGCAGCCGGAUGGAGAUAGUCGCUGCUAUGAGAAGAAUCCGAUAUGAAUUCAAACUGAAGAAUAUAAAGAAAAAGAAGGUCAACAUUGUUAUAUCCACUGAUUUUGUCAAAGUGAUUUUGCUCAAAAGGAGGAAGAGAAAAGGGUGGUCAUGGGAUGAGAAUACGAUCUUGGUGACGCAGGAUCCCAUCUACAGGAUUUUCUAUGUCUCACAUGAUGCCCAAGACUUGAAGAUCUUCAGUUAUAUAGCGAGAGAUGGCCAGAGCAACAUUUUCCGCUGCAAUGUGUUCAAGUCGAAGAGGAAAUCUCAGGCCAUGAGGAUCGUGCGGACAGUGGGUCAGGCGUUCGAUGUGUGUCACCAGCUGACCCUGCAGCAGAAAAGCGAUGAUCAGGAGGAUGAGGAGGGGAAGGCAGAGGAAUCAGAGGCAGUGCCAGCAAAGAAGAGGUUUGCAUUGUCAGAGGAGACCGAGCUUGAAGCCACUACAGAGGAGAGCAUUGAGUGUGUCUCCUCAUCAGACCUGGAGAAGAGUAAAAAGGACGAGGCCCUCGGUAACAAUGACAAGGUGUCUGAUGACCCAUCUCUCCUGCUGGGCUCCCCAAUCCUUGGAGCCUCUGUGUCGGGUCAGUCGGCAAAAGAGGCUCCCUGCUCUACAGAGCACCAGGUCCAGCUCCUCCAGAAACAACUGCAGCAGCAGGAACAGCAAGCACUGGCAGCUUCAGAGCAGGUCCAUGUACUUCAGGAGCAGCUGUCGGUGGAGGUGUGUGCGCGGACUGAAACCCAGGCCAGAGUGCAGAGGCUGCUGCAGCAGAACACCGACCUGCUGCAACACAUUUCCCUGCUGGUCAAACAGAUCCAGGAACUGGAGCUCAAAUCUGCUGGCCACUUAACAUCUAUGGGAUCCCAGGACAGUCUUCUAGAAAUCACUUUCCGCGCCAAGCCCCCCAGCUCUUCUUCAUCUAUGGGUCCCUUUGCAGCUCAAUCCCAGAUCCAGAUUAGUGACAGUGCCUGUGUCUCCGCCGUCCCCGGGCCCUGCUCUCCAGGCACCGACACCAGCCAUCUUGGGCUCAGCGGCAGUGGAGUUCGUCUAGAGUGCUUCCGCUUCACCUCCCGCGGGCCGGACAGCCAGGAGCAGAGCCAGGACACAGGGGAGACUCCCAGCGACGGAGCCCUGGAUGAAAGCUCGCUGCUGGGGGAGCAGGUCCUGGGAGCCCUGGAGCUGCUGCGGUUUAGGGAGUCAGGGAUCGGGUCGGAGUAUGAAUCAAACACAGAUGAGAGCGAUGACCGGGACAGCUGGGGGCAGGGGGAGGGAGUGGGGUCUGACGGUGCCGCUCGACUCUUUAACGUGCUGAACGCAGAGAGUCUGCCGGACUGCUUAGGGGAUGAGAUGGCUGUGUAGUGGUGCUCUUAAAGCUGCUCAAGGCAACAUUGCACGUAUACACCACCCCAAUGAGAAACAGCUGAAAUUCUGAAUCUGAAGGACUUCAUAACAAUAUAAUACAUCAGUAAACUGCAUUGUCGACAGAGCGUUCACGCACCACUGUUCUGUUUUGGUUUGCUACUUCCUGUGCACUGAGAAAAUGUCCCAAUUGUAUGAGUGGUGCAAGAUUUAUUUAUAGAAACAGAGAUGCAGAAAGUAUAAUCAAUUGAUGGAUUUGUUCUUAAUGUUUAAUUCAACUCCAUUGUAGCUCCAAAACAAGGUACAACAGGUGUGUUUAUAGUUUGGAAUUUGGCACAGUGCAGACUUAUUCAAACUUUGGACUGUCAGAUAGUAUAAACACUGUUGUGUUUCAGGCUCCAUCUCUGCUGUCUGUUAGUAUGUGUGUGUGUGUGUGUGUGUGUGUGUGUGUGUGUGUGUGUGUGUGUGUGUGUGUGUGUGUGUGUGUGUGUGUGUGUGUGUUACAUACUGUGUGCGUGUCAGUUUGAUGGUUGCUGUACCUUACAUCCUUUUGGUUCCCUGACUCUCUGGACUUGUUACACUGUGGUUGUGUCUGUGUUUAUGGAGUUGUGACACAUCCGGCGUGGACGUGGUCAUUUUCUUUGCUGUUUCCCAGUGAAGAUCUGUAGAGAAAAGACCCAUUUGUCAAGUCUGUCUGAAUAUGCUAAUGCAUUUUUUGGAGUGUGAAAAUUAAAACCUUACUGUGCUUGCUAUGACAUAAAUCUGUAAUUACACAUGGGUUUAAAAAAUGAGCAUGCAUCUUUCAUGGUCUGAUUUAUUUCACAGUUUUCUAUUCAUACUAAUCUUCAUCCUAUUUUAUAUUAUUGAAGAACACUUUCUGAUUAGGUGAUGCUGUGUCUCAGAGGAAAACAUCGCACUGCUACAACCUUGUCUCUGCUGCUUAAAAAUGCAACCACAAAGUACUUUGAGUAUUAUUUGUUAAUGCCGUACUGCAGUAACCAUAAACUGCUGCGUCACUGUUGUUCCACCCUUCAGAUGAAUUCCUUGGAAAGUCUGGAACUAUCAUAAAUAAAGUUACUAGCACAGCACUCCAAUUUAAUAUUUUUAUUGCCACACAACGGACGUUUCGGGCAGCGCCCUUCCUCAGCGUGUGCAUGCAAUUACAAAAACCUGAAGACCAAAGUCCUGUACUACCAAUUCAGAUAUGGAUGGAGGCGUAUAAGACUCCUGGACACGUUCAUAUUCUUCUGGCUAACUGUAACACUGGCUCCACCUCGCUGACUGUGAGCCAGAUCUCUGAAUCACUGAAUUGGGGACGUGUGAGCUCUUUCCAAAUUCGAUUAAUCUCUUCCUGGCCCCAUCUCUCUCCCUCACCCACCUUCCUCCCCUAUUUUCCUUGAAGCUUGUCACCUCUUCCCCACUAUCCAGCACUCACAAUCUAUCUGCUGUAUCCAGAUUUCUCUGUAUAUCUCUGUCAUUUCUCUCCAAGGUGUAGUGAAGUGUACUAAACAUUAUAUACUAAACAAAAUGCACUUGUGGAAUUACAUGCUCUAUUCUCAAAUGCUGUCUGGUGUCAUGGUAAAUGUUCAGCGUAAGUUACUAAUUGCUGAAAUACAUCAAUGGGUGAAAUAACCAGAAAUAUGUCUCUGACGUAAUGAUAAGCAGCACCAGUUCCUGGGCUGACCUUUUCAAAAUGUUUUCCUCAUUAGUAUUUAUAACUGGUUGA